AUGCUUUCAGAUACUGAAUAUGAAUCCAACAUUCAUACUCUAUUGUUUAAUUUGAAUAUACUUGGUAUUGAAGUUUUACUUACAAAAGAAUUCAAAUUGAAACAAUAUUCGAAUAAUGAUAUUGUGGAAUUCGAUAAAUUGGAGCAGCAAUGGAACAGAACACAUCAACCACACAACUUGCUGCAAAAUUUCAAAAACAAACAAUCCAACGCACAUAUCACCAUUGGAGGAAUUACCUAUCACAAACAACACAUUGAAAAACCAAAAGCAAAUCAGACUCUCAAUUCCGAAUAUUUAAGCAUUGGUGAUUAUGUUCUCCAAUUAGAUGAAAAUAAUCAUGUCUACAUCUGCCAAAUUAAGCAAAUCAAACAGUGGACAAAAAGGAAUAAGAAGAACAAAAACCUUUGCCUGGAUGGACGUUUUUAA